AGAGCCUUUUCAGGCUCCAGAAAAAGCAAAAAAGACGCGCGACCACGGACCGCGUGGCAACCGGCCCCCGCGUCGGGUUUGAUGGAGCCGGGUGAGUACGAUGCCCUCGUGGCCCAAGCACAAACCGGUGGCUCUGCGGCAGUUGAGCUGCUGCAAUUCAUGCGGACGCACAAGAUCCACCAGCCUGAGCUGGUGCUGCAGCACGGUUCCAAGUUGCUGCGAAACCAAUGGCUCGGCAAUGAACUCUUCGUGGUCAUGGAGCAAGUCUUCUUGGCUGCCGCAGAGUUGGGCUGUGACGACUGGCGGGACUAUUGCCUCAAGGAGCUGACGAGGAAUUUCCCUUCCUCCCUUCGAGUAGAGCGCUUGAAAGGCAUCGAGAAGGAAUGCCAAGGAGAAUGGAAGGAGGCCGAGAAGAUCUAUCAAAAGAUCCUCUCGACCAAACCAGAGGACACCCUGGCUCACAAGCGCCUCAUCGCGAUGUAUAAGCAGCAGAGCGGCAAAGUGCCAGAGGCCAUCGAGUCGAUCAACAAAUACCUGGAGACCUUCAGCACCGACUCCGAGGUCUGGCAUGAACUCGGCGAAUUGUACAUUGAGGUUGGGCAUUUACAGCGAGCAGCUUUUUGCUUCGAAGAGCUCAUCGUGCACAAUCCUCGCUCGAUGUAUACCAUCCUGACCUAUGCAGAGCUUCUGUACUCCACCGGCGACUUUGAAGCCAGCCGGAAAUACUUUAGCAUGGCCUCCUACCUGGAUGAGACCAAUCUUCGGGCCUUGUGGGGCUUGGCCACGUGCAACAUGGCCUUAGCAGAGAAGGACAAAGCCCGAGAAAAGACGAAGCAAUUCCAAGAACUUCAGAAAUUCACCGUCCAGCGGCUGCGCAGCGCGUACAAUCGCCAGGGCAACGCUGCCGGGAAAGCGGCGCUGAAGUUGCUGUCCACCAUGACCUGGUGAGCGACCCGCGCGGAGAUCACGGCCCACAGUUAUUCUUUCAAACCAAUUCAGGUGCACUUCAAAGUCAUAGGCCAUAGCUGUUACUGCC